GCUUAACCUUUUGCACCCUCUAUUUUCUCUUUAUGCUCCCUUUGUCUGGCUUUUAUAAAGCUGCCUCACAGUUUCCUUAAGGUGUUUAAAAGACCUCUAAAAGUGAAUAAUGAAUGGCCUCACCAUUUUUUAGGGGUGAUUUUGCUCAUCAUCUCCCACCACUUCCUCCUCCCGUCUUCCAUUCAUGAGCAGCGUGGCUGAGUUUAACAGCGGCAGCCAUGGAUGACAAGGGCUCGGUGGGGAAGAUUAGCGUGUCUUCGGACUCAGUGUCCACUCUCAACAGUGAGGACUUUGUCCUUGUGUCCCGGCUAGGGGACGAGACACCCUCCUCCACUAACAAUGGUAGUGAUGAUGAAAAGACAGGAUUGAAGGUGAUUUCUGAGGAAGGGGUCAGCUUUAAGAUUGUGGGGAAUGGAAGUGAGCAGCAGCUCCAGAGGGAGUUAGAGGAUGUCCUCAUGGACCCAUCGGUAGCUGACACUGGGCUCGGAUCAGAAACAGGAAUGGACAGCCUUGGUGCGGGCGACCAUGGCCUUCUUCCCACUACAGCUUCACCUGUACCACUAGGCUCUGACCCUCUGAGCGCACCACCACCCAAGUUGGAGAUGGUGCUUCCUGUUCAGAUGGCUCAGGAGAGCGAGCUGAAUGAGAGGUCGUACCGAGCAGAUGAAUCAUCAUCAGAGGGCAGUCCUUGCAGUCCCAUCCCAGAUGAGGACAGCGUUGUGUUCAGCCAGCUGACGUAUCUGGGGUGUGCCUCAGUCAACGCCCCCCGCAGUGAGGUGGAGGCUCUCCGUAUGAUGAGUAUCCUCAGAGGGCAGUGCCAAGUUCCCCUGGAUGUCACACUGUCUGUGCCAGGCGUGUCAGAAGGCACUGUCAGGUUGCUGGACCCCCACGGCAGUACGGAGAUUGCCAACUACCCAAUCUACAAGAUUCUGUUCUGUGUGCGAGGCCAUGAUGGAACACCUGAGAGUGACUGCUUUGCUUUCACUGAGAGCCACUACAAUGCUGAGAUCUUCAGGAUCCACGUGUUCCGCUGCCAAAUCCAAGAAGCGGUGAGUAGGAUACUGUACAGCUUUGCCACAGCGUUUCGGCGGUCAGCUAAGAAGGCAGUUCUAUCGUCUCAGCAGCCCGCUCCACUCACCCCUGACAGUGACUUGUUUACCUUCACCGUCAGCCUGGAAAUCAAGGAGGAUGAUGGCAAGGGUACUUACAGUGCUGUAGCAAAAGACAAGGACAAGCAGAGCUUCAAGCUGCGUGCAGGAAUGGACAAGAAAAUUGUAAUUUAUGUCCAGCAGACCUCCAACAAGGAACUGGCUAUUGAGAGGUGUUUCGGUCUCUUGCUCAGCCCAGGGAAAAAUGUCAAGAACAGCGACAUGCACCUGCUAGACCUGGAGUCAAUGGGAAAGAGCUCCGACGGGAAGUCAUACAUCAUCACAGGAAGUUGGAACCCCAACACGCCUCAGUUCCAGGCUGUAAAUGAGGAAACGCCCAAAGAUAAAUUCAUGUACAUGACGACGGUGGACCUGGUGAUUACAGAGGUUGAGGAGCCGGUCCGUUUUCUGCUGGAGACGAGGGUCAGAGUGUGCUCCCCAAAUGACAGGCUGUUCUGGCCCUUCAGCAAGCGUAACUACACUGAGACCUUCUACCUUAAACUACGACAGAUGGAGCGUAAGGAGCGUAAGAGUCCUGCCUCUGACACACUGUAUGAGGUGGUGAGUUUGGAAAGUGAGACUGAGAGAGAGAAACGGAAGACCACAGCUAGUCCCGGCAUCCUGCCCACCGGGCCGGGUACCAUGGUUCCUUCUCCACCUGAGGAUGAUGAAGAGGAAGAUAACGAUGAGCCGUUACUCAGCGGGUCAGGUGACGUUUCCAAGGAGUGUGCAGAGAAGAUUCUGGAGACCUGGGGAGACUUGUUAUCUAAGUGGCAUAUGAAUUUAUCAGUGCGUCCCAGACAGCUGCCAGCUUUGGUGCGGAGUGGCAUUCCUGAGGCUCUCCGUGGGGAGGUGUGGCAGCUCCUGGCAGGCUGCCAUAACAAUGACCACCAGGUAGAAGAGUACCGCACGCUUAUGACAAAGGAGUCCCCUCAGGACAGUGCCAUCACCAGGGACAUUAACAGGACAUUCCCAGCUCAUGACUACUUCAAAGACACUGGAGGAGAUGGGCAAGACUCCCUCUACAAGAUCUGCAAGGCUUAUUCUGUUUACGAUGAGGAGAUUGGCUACUGCCAGGGGCAGUCCUUCUUGGCUGCUGUGCUGCUGCUGCACAUGCCGGAGGAGCAAGCUUUCAGUGUGCUGGUCAAGAUCAUGUUUGAUUACGGGCUCAGGGACCUUUUCAAGCAGAACUUUGAAGAUCUGCAUUGCAAGUUCUUCCAACUCGAAAGACUUAUGCAGGAAUAUAUACCAGAUCUGUACAACCAUUUCCUGAAUGUGGGUCUGGAAGCUCAUAUGUACGCCUCUCAGUGGUUCCUCACCCUCUUCACAGCCAAGUUCCCUCUUUACAUGGUCUUCCAUAUCAUUGACCUGCUACUGUGUGAGGGCAUCAGUGUGAUCUUCAAUGUAGCCUUGGCACUUCUGAAGACAUCAAAGGACGAUCUGAUCCAAACAGACUUCGAGGGGGCGCUUAAAUUCUUUCGUGUCCCAGUUCCGAAGAGGUACCGUUCGGAGGAAAAUGCAAAGAAACUCAUGGAGCUGGCCUGUAGCAUGAAGAUAAGCCAGAAAAAGCUGAAGAAAUUUGAGAAGGAGUACCACACCAUACGGGAGCAGCAGGAGCAACAGGAGGCCCCCAUUGAGAGAUAUGAGCGGGAGAACCGUCGUUUGCAAGAGGCUAACAUGCGUUUGGAGCAGGAGAAUGACGACCUGGCACAUGAACUUGUCAGCAGCAAGAUAGCCCUGCGCAAAGACCUUGACAACGCUGAGGAGAAGGCAGACGCCCUGAAUAAAGAGUUGCUGCUGACUAAACAGAAACUGGUGGACUCUGAGGAUGAGAAGAGACGACUGGAGGAAGAGUCUGCACAGCUGAAGGAGAUGUGCAGACGAGAGCUCGAUAAGUCUGAAUCAGAGAUUAAGAAGAACGGCUCCAUUAUUGGAGAAUAUAAGCAGAUCUGCUCCCAGCUGAGUGAACGACUGGAGAAACAACAGACAGCCAACCGAGGAGAACUGGAGAAAAUCCGGUCCAAAGUGGAAGGCUGUGAGAAGUGCAGUAGUCUUUUCAACAAAGAGGGUCGUGUGCGGGCUGUGACCACAGCGCCUGCUGGGGGGUCUGAGGAGACCGAUGAGGAGAAGGAGGGUUUGAAGAACCAGCUGAGAGAGAUGGAGCUGGAACUAGCCCAGACCAAACUGCAGCUGGUGGAGGCGGAGUGCAAAAUCCAGGACCUGGAGCACCACCUGGGUCUGGCCCUCAACGAGGUACAGGCUGCCAAGAAGACCUGGUUCAACCGAACGCUCAGUUCCAUCAAGACCGUUACUGGGACCCAGGGCAAGGAGACCACUUAACCUGAUAACCCCAUCACCCAGUUUUACCCAGACCAUGUCUGGAGUGCAGUGCAACUCACCACGCUGAAACCUCUGGACGCCUAACUUAACCCACCAGGCCAUAAUUUUAACACGAACAUUGACUGUUAAAUCCCAGGAUGACCAUUACUACCUACUGUGUUACUUCUUGUUCUUAUUAUCAAAAAUGUCCUCGUAUUUCCCCCUUCCCUCCUCCCUGAUCCAAUCGCCACCAUCCACUUCUCCCCCAGUCCAACCCAAAUGACUACAGCCAACUGUGCUGAUGAGAAGGGGUUGAAAACCACAAGAUGAAGUACAACAGUACCACUUUCCCCAGAGAAACAAUGUGCUUCCACUGGUCACAGAAAGAAAAGCCUAUAAAAAGAGAAAUGCUUCAUUUAUUUCUGUCUUUGUACUGCUGAUAUUAAAGACCCGCAGAAGGAAGGUAGGACAUCUGAACAUUAACUGUCCGGACGGGAUAGAGAAGAAAACACUCCGUCCUUCCUCACUGUUCUGCGUGCUCCCCUCUAAACUACUGGCACAAACCAACCAGUCCCUGUAAAAUGUUUGUUUUAGGUACGAGAGCUAAUAGACGCCUUUUCAAAACUGAGCUUUUUCUAAUUUACGUUGAACAAUAUCUUUCUUUUUCUAUGUAUGUACAUGAAUGUGCUUAUGUAAAGAGGAUAUGUGUGUGUGUGAGAGAGAGAGAGUGUGCAUGUUUUUUUUGUUUUGCAUUGAAUGUGAGGUGUGUGUGAAAAAUAAGUUUUUGAAUGCAUAAUUGACUGAAAAUGUUAUAUCCAUGUAUAAAAGAAAGAAGGAGACAGUGUGUGGAAGUCCAUGGGAAAGAAAAAGCACUAAGGUUAUGAGUGUGUGCAUGUAAGGAAAUAGUUCCUGAUUGUCUAGUUUCCUUUAAUGUGUACAACAAAUGUGUAUGAGUGAUGCUAAAGAAAAGUUUUGCUGACAAAGCCUUUUAUCUGAAGGUCGAUAAAGAUGAAACUAAUGGAUAUGAAUAUAUAAUUUACAGUAAGAACAGAAGCAUAAUAGCUGUUGUGAUGGCUGUGACCAACAGCAGCAUUACUCCUAUCAAGUUGCAGACAUUAAACAUGCUUGAGGUUUGUUUGGUUUGGAUGUCCCAGCACAAAGAAACAAAGAAAGCUCCAAACCAUGCAAACCUCUGCAUGUAUUAUACAGUAUGUUUAUGUAUGUUAGAACACUGUUUAACCCAGAGUGUUGCAAUGCUUGUUACAAAGUCAAAAUGGAAAACACACACAGAACAUUCACCUUCUUCCUUCCCUGGCGCUAGAUGUGAUCUUUGACCUUUGACCUUGACUGCCAGGGUCAUGUUUCAUACUAAGUUGAGCAGGCCUUUUCGCAGUUCAUUCAGACCUUUGGGAUCUCUUUUAGCACUAUAAACACUGAAUUACACUGUUAAUUUUAUAUACAGUCGGAGGGAAACGGAAGCAAUGCAGUCAGCAGCAAAAAAAAAACAUGCCUUGUCAGCAAGAGAGGUCAGACGACAAUGGCCAGAAAUGUUUUUUAAAAUGAACAGGAAGGACAGGGAUAAGUGCAACAUAGUGUCCCAGCAGAGUGCAGAAGGGCAUAACUUGUUUAAUCUUGGCUUGACUUUAAUUUGCGCUGUUGAUGGUAGUGUCAGAGUUGACAUUAAAAAAAGCUUCUAUCCCGUGUUGAGUCAAAGGUAGAGUAUUGCAGUGUAAUGGUGAGUGUUUUCUUGGCUUAGGAUAGGGUCUGUUAAUAUCACUGGAAUGCCACGGUGUACAGGGCAUUGUUACACUCCAGGUGUGUCGCUUCAUGGCUGUGUGACAGAGCGCUCAUCAUCUCAAGGCGGACCGGUAACAUGACAGAGACUUGUGUUUAUUCUGGCUGCCUGCACUCGACUCAAUAGAGCACCUAUGGGGACGAGGUGGAACAGGAUAACCACAGCACAAGCACAUCGCAGCUUCCAAAAAAAAAUAAAAAACCCAUGCAGGAAUUGAUCGACUUUAUCGAACCAGCUUGGAGCACCUUGAUGAAUUCAUGCCUCUAAGAAUACAAUGUGCCAGGGGUGGGGAAGCAGAUGUUAAAAAUACUGAAGUGGCCACAGUGUAUACACAUACACGGUUGUGAAUGUAGCAGCAGAAAAGUCACACAAAGACACUUGUAAACUUCUGGAAGUGUAACUGUGCACCUAAGUGUGGAUCAAUGUCACAGUAGUUCAAAACAAUGUCAUCAGAGGUCAAACUGGUCUCUAAAUCAGUCCAGAGGGGAAGGGGGGGGGGGGGGGGGGGUGUUGAAAAGUGCUCGCGUGUGUGUGUGUGUGUGUGUGUUUGUUUUCAUAUUUAUCUGACUAAAAAAGGGCACUCAACAAUAUCCCAAGACUAUUCCAAUUUUACUAAUCACAUUAGACUGGAGCAAAAAAAUAAAAAUAAAACAGAACCGUUACUGUAAAUAACGUUUAACUUGAAGGUUGACUCUGAUUGGCCGGAAUCUGAUGAUGUCAGAGGGAAAGUCCAGAUGAGGUCGAAAGAAAACAAAGGGCCAUACCUCUGAAGGCUUUGGGUUGAAAAUAACAAACAUUCAAAAAUUGAUAUUGAGUUUUUGUUUAUGAUUUUCUACUCUGUAACUAUAACUAAUGUUGCCUACUUGUACCUACCUGCUGCCGUGCUACAGUUUAAUCCACAACGAUGUUUUCUGUUUUUAAUGUUUAUUUUGCGCCGAGCUUCUCAGUCAGACUGCUGUUUGUUUAAUUAAAUGCCAAAACGUAGCUUUAUCAUCCAACAACAAAAACAUUAUCAACGUGUGGAAAUUGUAGUAGUGUAGGAUGCAUUGUGUAUACUUCAUGAAUUUCAAUAUAAAGAAAUCAACACAA